AUUGUAACCAAGUUAGAGAAUAUAUAGAAUAGGUCGAUGAUACAUGUUGACACAUGAUUCGUUAUAUAUCGUUGUGUUUGACUGAUUUUCUAUCUUUUUAUAUACUAGCGCAACAUACAGUAACGAGGGCUCCAAAAGGCGGAUCCAGUCGCGAAUGUGUGACCUGCCACGCCGCGUUUCAUGUGUUUCGACGUCCGCAUCCAUGUCUUCGCUGCGGCAAAACAAUGUGCUCGAAAUGCUCCAAGACGUUUACGAAGCCGAUUCCAGAGAUGGCGAUCCACACCCCCGUGUGCCACUGCCAAGAAUGCUUUGAAGCCACGGGGGGGGCCAUGUCGGAGCUGUUCCCGACGCUCAUCCACGGUGGCGGCCCCCCUCCGCAUACCCCCAACGGCGGCGGCGGCGUCGGCGGGUUUACAGAUGUGGACCGAGUGGGGCCGGACCUGGAGGGCAUCAACACGUCGAGGCAGUCGGGGGGCUCGAAGCGCCCCGUGUUAUCCAUUGAAGUAGAUGACGACCAAGGAGAUGACGAAGUAAGCGAUGUCACAUAUCCCACGACCCCGCUCGAAGUCGAGGACGAUCCGUUCUUGUUUGCCCCGACCGUGACUCCUCUGGAUAUUAUUACUACGCCCGCCAAAUAGAUAGAUCCAAGAAAAAUACAAGAAUAAGACCCAGUGUGGAUGGAUGUACUACGUACGUUCACUUUCUUGGGCGACUGGG